GAUGCAUCGUUAUCAGUCGCGAAAUCAUGGCCGCGAUACAACAACAUUAUAGUGAUAAGGCACCCUUGACGCCGAGCGAACGUGAUCGCUAACAUUCAUAAUAGCCAGUAAUAGCCACACGGAUGGUUUAUAAAUAAAUCUCCAAAACUCGUUACGCUAAACAGAGAUGGGUGUGCCCAUGAUCGAUAAAUGCUGCUACUGCGCCACUCUACACACGGGAACUUUGAUAAUUGGAUACGUUUACUCAGUAUGGGCACUACUAGAGCUAGCGAUCUACUGCCUCCUGGUGACGCUGGCGCCGCUCGGCAAGGACGGGACUGUGUCGGUGCACAAGUAUGUUCUGUACAUCACUGCGGCUUCCGUUAGUGGGAUACAUCUCAUCUGCUCUGUGCUCCUGGUAGUCGCCGCUUAUAAGAAACUAGCGUCCCUAACGUUACCCUGGACGAUAGUGACGGGCAUCAUCACCGCCAUAUACUUCCUGCUGUCGUUCACCGGCAUCAGCCUCGUACUGCAGGACGAGGGAGAGAUGCUGGAGGUCGAGUCCAUCGUCAUCUGCAUACACCUCGCCAGGGCCUUUGUCUCUGUAUACUGCAUCAUAGUAGUUCACAGUCGACACAAAGAAAUUAUGCACCAAGAUGACGAACUGAGGUUUCAACAUUCAGGGAGAAUUUAUCAUCCUGUGAAAAUCGAAGAUCAUGUUCUAUAGUUUUUGAAACUAGGACGGUUAAAUGAUACUAUUGACUACAAGUUUUUACACAGGGUACGGAAAUCCACUGCUGGUGGGUGAGGGAUGAGAUUUGAUGAUACCUUCGGGAAAGUGAUCAUGAUGAUUGACAGUAAGCCGACCUCAGCAUAGUUGGGCAGAGGAUAGAAAUAUAGAAACAAAUAAAUAUUUCGUGUCGUGUUUUGUAACGUGAGAAAAAAGCGGGAAUUGGAAUCAAACUCUUGUAUUCAUUCAUCAUUACUCAAUUUAUUCCAACUACUGUACUGUACUUAUUGUAUCCUAUGUUAAGUAAAUAAAUUAUACUAUUGUUACAUUUUUAUACCCCUGCAUUUUGUUGUUGUGUUGUUAUGUAUUUUAUCUUUAUAUUUUUACUAUCACUCUUAAAGUUUUCAUCAAAAUAUGUUUUGACAGAAGAAAAAUAGCUACAGUAGAACGGAACGCCGAUGCUUACGUCACUCAGACGUCAUGGCGCCAUACAAAUUGUCAAAACAAUUGUCUAUCCUUGUCGCACUUAGUAUAAUCAAUAUAUCUAUUUCACGAACCCGCCGAAUUUUAGAUAAUUAAUUGGAUAGUAGAGAUUUUUAUUCAGUCUGUUGUCGGUCCGGCUCAGUGCGAUUUGUUUUGUUGUAGUGUAUAUAUUUAUUAAGUCGCAAAAUUAAAAGAAGGAACAACACCAACACAUUUUUUUUGCUAAAUCGCAAUUCGAGCUACAAGAGUACCUGGUGACUUGGGUAGAAUUUCAAAAAGGAGGUUUUAUCUAGUCUUGCCGCGCGCGCGUCCACGAGGACAGUUCUACGAUGGGUGUGCCGCACAUUACCUCGUUCUGCUGGUGCAUGGGGCUCGAAGUUGGCGCCAAGUGCGUCGGUUUCGUUCAUCUGCUGGUAUCAUUGGUGCUGAUGAUCCUAUGCUCGGUGUUCGCGGAGAACCUGCGCGCGUUCGUGGGCACGGCCGAGGACGCGGGCGACGGGCUCUACUCCACCUGGUACAAGAUAGCCGUCACCAUCGCUGUGGUGACAGUUGUUCAUGUCGUGCUGGCGUUGACUCUUAUCUGCUCGGUUAUUAAGCGCAGCACAGCAGGCAUCAGGCUGUGGGUGUGGGUGAUGUCGGUGCUGCUGGUGGCGGCGCUGGUGUGCGUGGUGGUGCUGGCGGCGCUGCACGGCCUGUCGGGCUCCGGGUCAGACAUCUUCCUGUCCUUCCUCGAAGGAGUGGUCUUCUUCGGUGUAAUGGCUUACUGCAUCCUGUGCGUGAACAGCUACUACCUGAUGCUGAAGAGUGCUGAAGACAUGGAGGGACCCAACAAGUCCAUGUACUAAGCCUUCACCCUGGAUUAUACUGGUCAGACUCUAUGAUUUGUUUCUUUUUAAACGCGAUAUGUUACAAGAUCACUGUGAAGGGUUGCUGACGUCACAAGAUGGCGUCGUUUUCUCAACAGAUGCGGCCGCGCUGGUGGCGCUAAUGUACGUGCAGUACAAACUUACUUGUUACUUGGGCUUUUAAUCGCCGUCUAAUUACACACUAUGUAUGGUACACCUUUCUCUACAAAGGAAUUUAUUCAAUAGCACAACUGAUUUACGUUUUAUUAUAUUUGACAUUUUAUUGGCAAUGCACGAGUAAUGGUGCUAGAAUUAUUUUUAUUCGACUGUUAAAGAAGUCAUACCGCGACAUUUUCUUCGAGGAAUUAGCACUCUUAUUGCACUGAGUGUCUGUAGCAGCCAUACACUGAUUGGUAAACAUUUUGAGUUGUGAGUUGCACAAAGUAAUUCAAAUCAUACGAAUAUUGUUCUCUAAAAGAAAUCUUUAUGAAUUUCUAAAAAUGCUGCAAAGUUAACGUUUGCCUAAAAUAACUGAAUACAAUUGAACAGAAGUGCUAAAUAAAAUAUAAUAAUAUUAUUUUCUACUUAUUAUACUUUACUGUAGCUGGAACAAAGUGUCUGUUAGUCUAUGUGGUAGGUACAUAAGUGUUGAUAUUACAUGUUUGUGUCGCCCUGCUGCGUUCAACCUACCUUAAUAUUAAUAUACGACAAAUAUAUUUUAUUCAAAAUCUGUAGGGACCUAUAUACUUCCGAAAAUAAAACUCUAUUUCAAAGAGAAUGGGAUAAAGUUAAACUAUGUUAACUAUGCCUACGUAUGUUUUGUACUGUGCUGAGGCUGGACCCUAAAUGGUGAUGUCAUUUUAUCGUAAAACGGAAUGUCAGACAAGGUUACGAGGCUCGAAUAAAUGUAUUAUAUGAUUUAUAUGUAUUGUUCGUUGUUUCACUUCAAAUCGAAUAUUUUAUUUUUGUUCUUUUUUUAAUGUACCUUUUGUUUUAUAUUAAGACAAAUGCAUUUAUGGUAUGCAGCGGGGCUUAGUUUAAGUAUAACAUUUUAUAUUAAUUUAGGGGGUGAGCGGUCGCCUAACAUUUUUAGUUUAUAUUUUAUGUUUCUUUUAAAACAAAAAUUGAUAACACAACCCCACCGAUUUUGGUACAAAUCCCACGUGGAGUAAAAAAAUUGUGUGGUCUCUAUUGUCUGAGUUAUACAAAAUAAACUAAGUAUGUUACGCGAUCGCAAUGUUCAUCCACUUUUGAAUGCUUAGAUAUUUUACUGUAGUGUCUAAUAAUAAUCUAUAGUUUAAGAAUAUUACAAUUUUAACUAUUUAAAGGGCCAACAAUUCUACCUGAUGUUACUUAUUUCAAAAAUAUUUUAUGGAAUGGCACCUUAAGUGAAAAAUUAAUAAAUUAUUAAAUCUUGAUUCAUAUAUAUAUAUAUUGUAAUUAUGUUCAAAAAAUAUAAAAUUGAUUCCAAGUUACGCGGACGAAACCGUAAGCAUUUCUAGUCAAAUGUUUGAAACAAAUACAUUUUAUACUUUUACUAAUAGUUCUUUUAGUUAAACUUGAAUUCUUGCUGGUUCAGAAAGUAAUACUUCUUCAAUUCCAUUCUUGUUUACUAUAGUUUUAAUGCAGGAAAUCGUACUUAUGAUAAUAAUAUUAUGUGCCUGAAUGUAUUUCAUCUCAUGAUGGAAUAAACAAAAUAGAUAUGUAUAAGUAACCUGGAACGCCAAGGUUUUAUGCAAAUCAAAGAAAAAAUCUCAUAUACUGUAGUAAUUUCUUAUUAUAUAACCACGGUAGUGUCAAAUUGACCUCUUAGUAGAUAAAUAAGAUAAAUGCGUAUAUAAUGUAUGUUCAGUCCUAGUAUAAUAUGCUACGUUUUUGAUAAUUUGCAUUGCCAAGGCGUUUCGGUUUAUAUUUUAGUACAAACAAGUAAUUCUGUAUAUGUAGCGAUAGUCAAUUACGAGAAUAAGUGCUCCUUAACGAUUGCUUCAAAGUUUUUGACGUGUUUACAUAGUAAAUGAAAACGUUCAUUUAAUAAUAAAAAUAUAAUAUACCGAACAUAUUCUGCAUUCAUACUGUAAACUUGGUGUUGAAAAAUAUAAAAGUAAAAACUAAUGAGUAUAUUGAAUUUAUUUGUUCUAAAGAAAACGUCCUAAAACGUGUCUUACAAAAUAUAUAACUUACUUAUAUAUUUUAUUGUAAUUAAAAAUGGUGCAUACUUUUUUCAGUGUAACGUACACUUUUCUUCAAUGUGCCAAUCUCAAAGAUGUUCUAUUUACAGUGCCGAGAUUUCUAUGUAGGUUUAACACGGUGACUAUAUUGACUUUUGUACCUCAUAUUAUAUAUUCAGCUAUGAGAUUCAAUUUAAUAUUGAUUUAACAUUGUUCAUGCAACAAACUCUUAUACACCGUGCAUUUUAUACUCUGAUACUGUGAAAUCCAAAAGGUACAGUUACUUAAGUGUACUUAUAAGCUAUUGUGGACUAUAUAUUGUACGAUGGUACGACAACCAUAUUUAUUAAAUUUGCUAUUUCAUGGCUUUGUUUUGCUAAA